AUGUCCUCCGCCGGCGCCGCCAGCGCGUCUGCGCCCGCCACAGCGCCGGCGGCCGCUGCGGCUGCAGCGUCGCUCUCGCCUGCGGCCUCGGCUGCGCCGGCGCCUGCGCCGCGCUUCGACAACGGCGCCGGCGCCUCCUGUCGCCUCGCCGAGAUCCUGCAGUGGGACUGCACGCUGCUGCCCAACGAGCAGUUCAGCUGUGCGCGCAUGGAGCGCGUCUUUCGCAUCUGCGCGGGUCGUCCUGCGGUUGAGGUGACGCACGUCGUAGAGCUGGACGACAAGGAGAGGGUCGUGCUGCCGAAACGCUUUCAAAACGCAGUGCCGCGCUCGCAUCAUUGGAAGGAGCUGCGGCGCAAUGGUCUCUGAGCAUUUGUCGUCGUCGUGUAGCAUCUUGUCGCGGUCGUCGUGCUUUUCUUGUCAUUUGUAAUUCUACUGCAUUCGAAUCCCUCUCUGCUUCCGUCUCCGUCUGCGUCUCGG